AUGGUGGCUGGGAUGAUAGAAGAUGAGAGGUUUGUCUGCGUUGGCAUCUGCACGACCAUCGAAAUCAAUCACAAAAUCAUCGACAGCGCGAAGAAAGGUCAGGAAGUUUGCAUCAAGAUCGAGCCGCUAGGGGGCGAUGCUCCCAAGAUGUACGGACGCCACUUCGACCACACGGACCUCCUCGUCAGCAAGAUCACGCGAGAGUCCAUCGACACGUUGAAGAAGUAUUUCCGAGACGACGUGCAGAAGACCGACUGGCAGCUGAUCAUCGACCUGAAGAAACUCUUCGAAAUUCUAUAACAUUGUCUGUCGUCGUCGCCCCCGCGCCUUGUCGUCGUCGUCAUCGUCCGUGUCACCACGCGUUGUCUUGGUCGUCAUCAUCCGUGUCACCACGCGUUGUCGUCGUUAUCGUGCGUGUCACCACGCGUUGUCUUGGUCGUCAUCGUCUGUGUCACCACGCGUUGUCGUCGUCGUUAUCGUGUGUGUCACCACGCAUUGUCGUCGUCGUCAUCAACCGUGUCACC